GACCCCUCCUCUGAGCCAUGGACCCCGGCUGCCCUGCACCCCCGUGGCUGUGGUGGCUCCUUCUGGUCCCCGUAGCGCCUGCGCAGCGGGUCCCCCUCCCUCAGGCGGAGGACCGCCUCUUUAAACACCUCUUCAGUGGCUACAACCGCUGGGCACGGCCGGUGCCCAACACCUCGGACGUGGUGAUCGUGCGCUUCGGCUUGUCCAUAGCCCAGCUCAUUGACGUGGAUGAGAAGAACCAAAUGAUGACCACCAACGUCUGGCUAAAGCAGGAGUGGAACGACUACAAGUUGCGCUGGAACCCUGCCGACUUCGGCAACAUCACCUCCCUCCGCGUCCCCUCCGACAUGAUCUGGAUCCCGGACAUCGUCCUCUACAACAAUGCAGACGGGGAGUUCGCCGUGACGCACAUGACCAAGGCUCACCUCUUCUCCACGGGCACCGUGCACUGGGCACCACCGGCCAUCUACAAGAGCUCCUGCAGCAUCGACGUCACCUUCUUCCCCUUCGACCAGCAGAACUGCAAGAUGAAGUUCGGCUCGUGGACCUACGACAAGGCCAAGAUCGACCUGGAGCAGAUGGAGCGCACGGUGGACCUGAUGGAGUACUGGGAGAGCGGCGAGUGGGCCAUCGUCAACGCCACGGGCACCUACAACACCAAGAAGUACGACUGCUGUGCCGAGGUGUACCCCGACGUCACCUACUACUUCGUCAUCCGCCGCCUGCCGCUCUUCUACACCAUCAACCUCAUCCUGCCCUGCCUGCUCAUCUCCUGCCUCACCGUGCUGGUCUUCUACCUGCCGUCCGACUGCGGCGAGAAGGUCACGCUCUGCAUCUCCGUGCUGCUCUCGCUCACCGUCUUCCUGCUGCUCAUCACCGAGAUCAUCCCGUCCACGUCGCUCGUCAUCCCGCUCAUCGGCGAGUACCUGCUCUUCACCAUGGUCUUCGUCACGCUCUCCAUCGUCAUCACCGUCUUCGUGCUCAACGUGCACCACCGCUCCCCAGGCACCCACCGGAUGCCCCACUGGGUGCAGGGUGUCUUCCUGGGCUGGGUGCCUCGCUGGCUGCUGAUGAGCCGGCCCCCUCCCCCGGGGGAGCCUGACCCUAAGCUCAGCUCCUCCUACUGCUGGCUGGAGAGCAACGUGGAUGCGGAGGGUAGCGGGGAGGAGGAGGAAGAGGAAGAGGAGGAGGAGGAGGAGGAGGGCGCCGGUGGAUGGGUGUGCGCCCGACCCCCAUUCCCUUCCCCGGGGUUCCUCUACGGCCGUGGUGGAUUGCCCCCAGUGCUCACGAGCUCUCGGGGGCAGGAGAGUGAGUCCUUGCUAUCAGCCCAAGUGCAGAAGGCGCUGGAAGGUGUGCACUACAUCGCGGAUCACCUGCGAGCCGAGGACGCCGACUCCUCCGUGAAGGAGGACUGGAAGUACGUGGCCAUGGUCAUCGACAGGAUAUUCCUGUGGCUCUUCAUCAUCGUCUGCUUCCUGGGCACCAUCGGGCUCUUCCUCCCUCCCCUCCUGGCGGGAAUGAUCUGAAUCCCUACCCCCA